AUGGGUAUUGUUGUCUCUUCUCACCCUAGUGGCAUCUUUCUAAGUCAGAGAACCUACGCUUCAAAGUUCAUGGAACAUGAUGGCAUGACAUCUUGCAAACUGUUAGCCACCCUUGUCAAUACCAAGCAAAAACACAGCACCUCCUAUGACACACCCUAUAAGGAUCCCUCUUUAUAUCAAAGUCUUACAGGGGCCAUACAGUACUUCACGUUCACUAGACCGGAAAUAUCUUAUGCGGUUCAGCAAGUUUGUCUUCACAUGCAUGCACCUAGCACGCAAUACAUGUUUGCUCUCAAGUUCAUUUUGUGUUAUGUUCAAGGUAUCAUACACUUUGGAUUACAUUUAUCAUCAUCCCUCAUUACAAAGCUUAUCUCCUACACUGAUGCUGAUUGGGGUGGAUGUCUUGACACCAAGUGCUCCAUAUUCGAGUAUUAUAUUUUUCUCAGUGGCAACCUUAUCUAUGGGUCUUCCAAAAGUCAGCUUGCUUUCUCUCGUUUUACUAGUGAAGUCGAAUAUAGAAGCGUUGCCAAUGUUGUCUCUGAAUUGUGUUGGAUUUGCAAUCUUCUAUUUGAGCUCUAUUUUCUCAUUCCUCAUGUCACCUUAGUGUAUUGUGACAAUGUCAGUGCCACCUAUCAAUCUGGUAAUCCUGUACACCAUUAG